AUGGUAACUAUUCGAGUAAACAAACUUAGUAAUAUUAUCCAUAAAUUAUUAUAUGAGUCUCUUCAAACAGAACUUAUUGCUAUUGAUUUGAUGAUCUCUAUAGGACAUGGUCAAUGAAAAUGAAUUAUUGGGGACAGAUAGACUGAUAAAAUAGCAGUAGUCACUAGAUACAAUUCUCAAUUAGUAAACAAAAUAUAAUGUGUUUAUGUAGCUAUUAGGCAAAAAGCAUCUUCUACGGCUCAAAUAGUGAUUACUUUACAGGAAAGAAGGGCAAUGGAGUACAUUAUUAUAGUAGCUGAAAUAGCGGAUUCUCCGACUACAUUAUAAUACCUCACCCUUUAUAUAAGAGCAACUCUGGCUUAAUAUUUUAUGUACCAUGAACAAUAAACUUUAAUUAUUUAUGAUGAUCUCUCUAAAUAAGUGCAAGUUUAUUGCCAAAUGCCUCUUCUAUUACAAAGACCAUCCGGUCGUGAAACUUCUAUAGGAGAUGUCUUUUAUUUACAUUCACGCCUUUUGGAAAGAGUCACUAAAUUAAGUUUUUCAUUAGUACGAGGUUCUAAUUCUCAUCAGGCAGCUAUUUAA